AUGGCUCCCGCCAAUACUUUACCCGCCUGGGCCGAGCUUCAAGCUCACCGUGACAAUGUCGGCAAGAACUUUGUCUUGAAAGAGGCUUUUGCAUCUGACCCGGAACGAUUUUCCCGAUUCACCCGUACCUUCGACUCCAAAGGUGUUUCGGCCGAGAUCCUCUUCGAUUUCAGCAAGAACUUUUUGACCGACGAGACGCUCGAGCUCCUUGUCAAGCUUGCUGAGCAGGCUGGUGUGGAAAAGAAGCGAGAUGCCAUGUUUGCUGGUGAGAAGAUCAACUUUACUGAGAAGCGUGCUGUAUACCACACUGCUCUGCGAAAUGUCGGCGGCUGGGACAUGAAGGUUGAUGGUGCGGAUGUCAUGAACUCCCCUGGCGGCGUCAAUGAUGUUCUGAAGCACAUGAAAGAGUUUUCUGAGCAGGUUCGAAGCGGCGAGUGGAAGGGUUUCACCGGCAAGAAGUUGACCACCAUUGUUAAUGUUGGCAUUGGAGGUUCUGAUCUCGGCCCUGUCAUGGUCACUGAGGCUCUCAAGCAUUACGGUGCUGAUGAUAUGACGCUUCACUUUGUUUCCAACAUUGACGGAACCCACAUGGCGGAGGCUCUGAAGAACUCCGACCCUGAAACCACUCUCUUCCUUAUUGCCUCCAAGACGUUCACCACUGCUGAGACCACAACCAACGCCAACACGGCCAAGUCUUGGUUCCUGGAGAAGACUGACAACAAGGGCGAUAUUGCCAAGCACUUCGUUGCUCUUUCCACCAAUGAGCCCGAAGUGACCAAGUUUGGAAUCGACAGCAAGAACAUGUUUGGAUUCGAGAGUUGGGUCGGGGGCCGCUACUCGGUCUGGAGCGCCAUCGGCCUCAGCGUGGCCUUGUACAUUGGCUACGACAACUUCCACAAGUUUCUCAGUGGUGCUCACGCCAUGGAUAAGCACUUCCGCGAGGCUCCUCUCAAGGAGAAUAUCCCCAUUCUUGGUGGUCUUCUCAGCGUCUGGUACUCUGACUUUUUCCAGGCUCAGACUCACCUCGUUGCUCCAUUCGAUCAAUACCUCCACCGCUUCCCUGCCUACCUGCAGCAGCUGUCUAUGGAGUCAAACGGAAAGUCUAUCGCAUCUGAUGGUACCUCUGUCAAGUAUACUACCGGUCCUAUUCUCUUCGGCGAGCCCUGCACCAAUGCUCAGCACUCCUUCUUCCAGCUUGUCCACCAAGGCACCAAGCUGAUCCCCACCGACUUCAUCCUGGCUGCCCAGUCUCAUAACCCCAUUACCAACAACCUGCACCAAAAGAUGCUGGCGUCCAACUACUUUGCACAGGCUGAGGCUUUGAUGGUUGGCAAGACUGACGAGCAAGUUAGAGCUGAGGGUGCUCCCGAAGAACUCGUUCCACAUAAGCGAUUCCUCGGCAACCGUCCUACCACUUCGAUCCUUGUUGGAGGAUCGAUUGGCCCUGCUGAGCUGGGAGCCUUGAUUGUCUACUACGAGCAUCUGACCUUCACCGAAGGUGCCAUCUGGGACGUCAACAGCUUUGAUCAGUGGGGUGUCGAGCUGGGCAAGGUGCUGGCCAAGAAGAUCUUGAAGGAACUUGAUGAAGCUGGCAAUGGUGAGGGACACGACAGCUCCACCGGCGGACUUAUUGGGGCCUUCAAGAAGUACUCCAAGAUUUAG